AUGGAUAUCACUUCACUAUAUAAAAAUUCCUUGUUGGUGAAAAACUGGCAAGGCGCGUUGAUUGCUCUGUUGAUAAUAAUAAUUGGAAAUAUUACCAUUCGUUUGGCCAAAAGAAGGGCUCUAAAUAAGAAAGCAGUUAAUUAUGAUAAAAAUAAGAAAACUUGGUUAGACAACAAAGAGUAUAUUAGUGCUGACUUCACCAGCAGUGAUACAUUCGAAAAUAAUGAAGAGGCACAUGACGACACCUCCUACAACUCCUAUGUUCCAGCAUUGAAAGUUGAUAAUCAUGUUCCAUUUUGUGGCGCAACUGUUACGCUUCCUAGUGGUGUCAAGCAGUUCUAUGCCGUAGCAAAUGAUCGUCGCAGCGUACGCUCUUACCGUACCACACCUAUUCCACCGCUAGAUGUUAUUGCGGAUUGCAUACGUGCAGCUGGUACAGCUCCUAGUGGUGCACACACCGAACCAUGGACAUUCUGUGUCGUCAGAGAUGCUGACUUGAAACAACGUAUUCGCGAUGUCAUCGAAGCAGAAGAAGAGCUGAAUUAUGCUCAACGUAUGCACCGUCAAUGGACAGCCGAUUUGCGUCCGCUACGCACAAAUCAUGUUAAAUCGUAUCUCACUGAUGCACCAUAUUUAAUUCUAGUGUUCAAACAAGUGUAUGGCCAUUUGCCAGAUGGCGGUCGCAAGCAACAUUACUACAAUGAGAUAUCCGUAGCAAUUGCCAGCGGAAUUCUAUUGUGUGCUUUGCAGUCUGCUGGUCUGAAUUCUUUGGUAACUACACCUUUGAAUUGCGGACACGCAUUACGAAUUCUUCUUGAGAGGCCCGAAAAUGAAAAAUUGCUUUUAUUAUUGCCUGUCGGUUAUGCUGCUGAAGAUUGUGUUGUACCCGAUUUGAAGCGUAAAAAAUUGGAGGAAAUCAUGAUUUUAUAUUGAACUUUUUGAAAAAAGAGAAAAUUAAAAUUUAAGUUAAACAAGUCAUAAAAUACUUACUUAUGUU